AUGGGUAAAUCACAAUCGAAACUGUCGCCGACUCAGCUCGAUGAUCUGCAGAGAUCCACGCUCUUUGACAAGAAAGAGCUCCAACAAUGGUACAAAGAGGCUAAAGUUUCUAUUAUCCGUUUACCAGGCUUCCUUAAAGACUGCCCAUCGGGUACCCUGACCAAGGAGGAGUUUCAGAAGAUCUACCGACAAUUCUUCCCAUUCGGUGAACCCUCAUUGUUUGCAAAUUAUGUGUUCCGCGUUUUCGAUUCGGAUAAUAGCGGCAUGAUCGACUUCAAGGAGUUUAUCUGCGCCCUUUCAGUGACAUCGCGUGGAAACAUGGAAGAAAAACUAGAUUGGGCCUUCCAGCUCUAUGAUAUUGACGGUGACGGCAAGAUCACUUACGAUGAGAUGCUGGCCAUUGUUGAGGCGAUCUAUAAGAUGGUCGGAUCUAUGGUCAAUUUGCCUGAAGACGAGAGUACACCGGAGAAGCGCGUGCGCAAAAUCUUUGGUAUGAUGGAUAAGGAUGAGAAUGGCAGUCUAGAUAUUGAAGAGUUCAAGGAGGGCAGCAAGCGCGACGAUACCAUCGUCAGUGCCUUGUCACUCUAUGACGGCCUUGUAUAG